AUGACAGAGACAACGGCCCCAACCGGGGGCCUAACCCCAGACCAAGUCGCGACCUUCGAACGAGACGGCUACCUCAUCAUCUCCAACGCGCUGCCGCCCACGACCGUACAAGCGCUCCUAGCCGAGACGCACAUGCUGCUCGACGACUUCGCGCUCGCCGACCACCCGAUGACCAAGUUCAGCACGGGCGAGAACUCGGCGCACGUCGGCGACGACUACUUCCUGGGCUCGGGCGACCAGAUCCGCUUCUUCUUCGAGGAGGACGCCUUUGAUAAAACGACGGGCGAGCUGACCAAGCCCAACGCCCGCGCCAUCAACAAGAUCGGCCACUACCUGCACGCGCUGUCGCCGCCCUUCGCGAGCCUGCUCGACCCGGCCCUCAACCCGGACCUGCUCGGCGCUGGCUCGAGCGGCGGGAGCGUCGCGGCCGGUGGCAAGGAGAGCCAUCCCGCGGCCGUGGCGCGCGCGCUGGGGUUCCGCGACCCGCGCUGUCUGCAGAGCAUGGUCAUCUGCAAGCAGCCCGAGAUCGGCGGUGCCGUCCCGCCGCACCAGGACAGCACCUUCCUAUACACAAAUCCGCCAAGCGCGGUGGGCUUCUGGUAUGCACUCGAGGACGCGACGGCCGAGAACGGCUGUCUGAGCUUCCUGCCUGGCAGCCACCGAUGGGCGCCCAUCCGGCAGCGAUUCGUGCGCGCGGAGAAAGGCGGCGGCACGGAGUUCGUGGACAACGCUGGCCUACGCUUUCCCGCGGGCGAGGCGUACGGGGAGAAAGUCAAAGCCGCCGGGGGAGACAACAACAAAGAAGGGGAGGGCGAGUACGUGAUGGGCGAGGUGAAGGCCGGGUCGCUGGUCCUGAUACACGGCAACCUGCUGCACAAGAGCGAGAAGAACCUGAGUCAGAAGGGCCGCAUUAUAUACACGUUCCACGUCAUCGAGGGCGAGGGCGCGACGUACGACGAGCGGAAUUGGCUGCAGCCGCCCGCCGAGGGCUUCACGAGGGUCUACAGGAGUUGA